UUUUGGAAGAACGAUGCUGCUGGUAUAUAACGAGCGGGACAUCGAUGAGAUCGGUUUAGGGCGUAAUAGAAAAAACCGAAGCCGUACGAGAGGGCUCUUUCUCGGCCGAGCUAGCUUAUCACCAAAUCUUCAAGAUGGAUCGGUACCAGAGAGUGGAGAAGGCGAAAGCGGAUAGCCCAAUUGACGAGAAUGAGAUUCGCAUUACUAGUCAGGGAAGGAUGCGCAGUUAUAUCUCUUAUGCCAUGAGUCUGCUUCAAGAAAAAGGGUCCAAUGAGAUUGUAUUCAAAGCCAUGGGAAGAGCCAUCAACAAAACUGUGACUAUAGUGGAGUUAAUCAAGAGAAGAAUUGUAGGUCUCCAUCAGAUUACAGCAAUUGGAUCCACAGACAUAACUGAUAUAUGGGAACCCCUUGAGGAAGGCCUACUUCCUUUGGAAACCACAAGGCAUGUUUCAAUGGUUACAAUUACUCUUUCCAAGAAGGAACUGAAUACAUCUGCUGUUGGGUACCAGCCUCCAUUACCUGCAGAACUGGUGAAGGGAUCAGUAGAAUUUGAUUUUGAAGGAGAGGGCUCACCAAAUGGCCGAGGAAGGGGCCGUGGUGGUAGAGGGAGGGGAAGGGGUAGAGGAAGUGGAUUUAUUGCCGAGUAUGAAGAUGGUGGUUGGGAUAGGAACAGGGGCCCUAAUAGGGGUAGGGGUAGAGGAAGGGGAUUUAGUUCCCGUGGUCGUGGCAGAGGAGGAAAUAAUGGACCUCGUAGUGACAUGCAGCAAGAUGGAGGAUACAGUUAUGAUGCACCUGCUCAAUCCAGUGGCCGUGGCCGGGGAAGAGGCUAUCGUGGAAGGCCCCGUGGAUUUAGAUCAUCAAAUGGGCUGAUCCAGGUGGCUGCAUGAGAUUCUUGUUCGGCUUCCUUUGAAUGGAGUGCUGUUAACCAUCCGUUAUCAUAGUUAACAAUAUUCUUUUUUAUUCAUUUUCCAAAUUUCUCCCUUUGUCCGAAUUAGGAAAUUUUAGGACAUAUUCAGGUGCAACCCUGUUAGGCUAAGCCUUUGUAGCUUUUUGCCUUGGGCUUUUAGGUGUAGGAGUGGUGCUCGAGGCCUUAAACAAUUGUAAUGUUUCUUUUUUCUGUUUCUUUUGAGCAGUGCAUUCUUUUAUUUUUA